AUGGAUUCUGUGACUCGUCUGAAAAGGCAUAUAUAUGGUGCUGCAAUCUACGCCAGAACAGUCAAUUUAGCGGGUGAAGUGAAAGUGAAGCUAAUCGCGAGUAAAUCUCGUGUGUCGCCAAUCAAGCAGGUAACUAUACCUCGUUUGGAGUUAUGCAGUGCUGUUCUGCUCACCAAAUUGAUGCAGAAGGUAAAAAAUGCAUUAAAAAUGGAUAUUACGUCAGUAUCAUAUUGUUCGGAUUCUAUAAUCGUGCUUUCGUGGAUGGAUGAGAAAAGAGUCACGAGACUUAAAAACAUUUGUUGCAAACAGAGUGGCUAUUAUUCAAGAAUACACAGAAAUGAAUCAGUGGCAUCAUCUUCCUUCCUAACAAAAUCCAGCUGA